AACCAUUUAAAAGGAGAAAAACGGAAGAAAGAAACGGUGUCCAGACAUUCAUAGUCACCAGAACGACUACGGCGUAACUCUGCAAAAAAUACAUACAAAACGGAUUGCUUCUUUCAAAAUGAUACUGAUAACAGAAAUCAUGAAUUUGAAAGCUAAAUUGCACCUGGCGAUGAAGACUAUUUUUUUUCAGAGCGUUGGAGAGGAGGAAGAAGAUGGCGAUGGUUCAAAGUCUCUGCAGUCUGCUAGUGGGAAAGAGUCCCUCUACAAGAAGACUUCCAUCCUGCUUGCUGUGAUCUGCUGCCUGCUGGUUUCCAUCAUCAUCGGCCUGAGUUUUCUCUCAUUACAGCUUUGCGAUUGUGGAGAUGUCUGUUCCAGGAUGACUCAAGGAAAUGGUGAGGAGUAUAACAGCCCUAUUCCAGUUGAUUAUGAGCAGGAGGAGAAAGUGGAUGAAGUCAACACAGGCCUGCCCACACAUUCCAGCUUCACAGGGAAUUGCUCCGAUAUGGAGUCCCUUUUCUUUGAGGCUGUGUUGGGGAGCAAUAUCACAAAAAACUGCAACGGUCAGAUGUGUGAAUUGUGUUUGAAGGGCUGGGUGCUGUUCAAUCACAAGUGCUACAUGUUUUCAAAGGAUAUCAUGUCAUGGAAUGCCAGCCAGGCUCAGUGCAGAUCAAAGAGAGGUGACCUGGUGAAGAUACAGAGUGAGGAGGAGCAGAAAUUCAUCUCAAAGACAGCUGAAAAGAAGGGUGGCUUUUACUUCUGGAUUGGAUUGGCUGAUCAAGCCAAGAAAGGAGAAUGGCGCUGGGUGGACAACACACCUCUGAGGAGAGGAUAUUGGCGGCAGGGUAUACCCUCUACUGGCGAUGUCAGGCAGUGUGCAGGCAUGAACCCCCCGUCGGAUUCCUUGAACAACUGGGACCGGUCAGCCUGCAGAGCCAACAGCAGAAGAAUCUGUGAAUCCGCAGCUGUGCGUCUGAUUCACAAAGCAAACGACGACAACGAUAACCUUGCACGUGUUUAGAGUAGUGUUGGUGCAAGAAUUCAAGUAUCUGAGCAAAACACAACAUGGAAUAAAUUCAGAGGCAAAUAUGACCCUGUUAGCAUCAUGCAAAAUAAUCUAGUAGCUUUAGAUUGAUUUCUGUCUUUUAUUAAUUAAAAUGUAAUCCGUAACUUCAAACAGUGAAAUCUGAUUCUAACACUUAACAGACUUAAGUCUCUUUUUAUAUUUUUGUUUUCAAAGUUUUACAUUAAAUAAAUAAAAUUUAACAAUUAAUACAAAAAACAAAUCAAUUCCUAAUCACAUUGGACACAGUAAAUGUGAUUUAAUUGAUUAUUGUAAUCCUUACUCAUAAAUCCAUUGAAAGAAGACAAUACCGGUAUAUAAAUCCCUGGAAUCUACAAAACCAAUUCUGCUGUACAUAACCCCAUUCUACUGGGUUACACUUCUGAGAUUACUUUUGCUAUGUUAUAAAAUACUUUUAUCUGAUUGGACUAGAGCUGAAAAUGAAGAGUUCAAAACACUAGCUUUCAAGGUCACAGACUGGUGCGUUUGGAUAUUGCUGUUUACAUGCUAAAAAGGAAUUUUGAAAUAUGCAGAAGAGCAUUCUGGUCUAUAUUGAUUACAAAAACUAAAUUUGAAAUAUUUAUGGUUUAAGCUUGAAGCCACAGAAGCUUAAACCAGGUUAUGCUUUCAGCACAGAUACUGAGAUGUGAAAGGCAGGGGAGCAGUGAACAGUGACAGUUCGUUUAAAAACCUAAGCAAGACCACCUUUAAGAAGUUCCACUACACGAUGAAACGGGGAGUUGAACAUGGAAACUAAUCUGAAACUAUAACUAUUGUGCAACUGUGGAAGGGUGGUGGGCAAUUCACUGACACAAGGAGACAGUACUUUAUUUGUAGCGCCGCUCAGGCGUACUGAUUUAUUUGAGGCAGUAGAUGGCGCUGUUGUCCGUGUUCUGGAUACUGACAACAGUAACCAGAAUCACGGCGUUUACCAAUACAGGUAUAGGCACAACAAGUGCUCGCAAAUAAUAAUGAAAACCAAAGGCGAAAGAAAAAGGGAAAAUAAAACACAGUAAUGAAACUACAAACAAAAAGUGCUGCUUACGCAGUGACCCCACUGCCGCUAAGCCGGUCAGAACGGGCCUCCGUCCUACGCUCAAUUACCCUCUAUACACUGGGAUGGCCGGAGUUCCCCGUACAACUAAGCACGUCCCCUCGGGUACGUGGUGAUUUCUGUUAUUUCUUUUCCCGUUAAAUUAUUUUAAGGCCGGCUGUUUUUCUCAGCCAGUUUUGCCUCGUUUUAUUUUAAAACUGACGUCUUUCGUCAGUGUCACUGGGUAUUCCCCAAACACGGCCACCCGAGCGUCCAACCAAACCAGAUCUUAUGGGCCGAGCAGUCUCCCAAGGCCCGCCCCUCAGCCACUCAGAGAGAGGGAAAGCACACACACACUCUUCCCCACCUCUCCGUGUCAUCGCCAUGACCGACAGGCGGACCCCACAAGACUGCUGACCUCUACCUGCAGUAAUACGGAUGUGCCAGACAGUCAGUCCAGAUCUCCCCUGUUUCAGCAACUAUAAUGUAUAGUAAAAUUGAUGACUUAAAAUACCAUAAAUGAUACAUCUGCUACCGACACUGGCCUGUGUUGAGUUGAAAAGAUUCUAAGGGGGUGGUGUAAGGAUAUGCGCAAAGUGAUUUGUGGGUGCAAAACCCCAAUAAUGCUGCCGUAAAUCAUGUUUAGCAGCCGUAAAGUCUGAUUUUACCGGUUGCUAAAAAUGUGGCGUAUGUAAAGAAUGGUGUUCACCUGCCGUUCUGCACCCGCUAUCAAAUUUGCAGUUUGCCAUCAUUGAUCCAUUACAAUUAUAUUGAAAUACAUUCAAAUGAAGAAAAGAGCAUGGAAUUGGGUGGGAUCUGGAUACUAAGCGCGUGCAAACAUUAUAAUGUGAUGUAAGGAUUUUGCCUUGCACUUAGGCAAUUGCUAACCCUCCAAAAACUUUACACCUCUUCUACAAGGUGCAAACUAUUGUAGAAGCGAGUAACUAAGAGCUGUAUAAAAGCACACACCUGCAGAGACCUGUCAUUGGCUUCACGAUGGCUACUGUGGUGCAUUUCCUGAUACGACGACACUUUGCUCUUGUUGAGGAGAGACAGGAACACGGAUGGAGGAGAAGGGCAAGACAAGACCUUGCAUGUUCAAUCCCAGGGUCACUUUGUUUGGGAUGCCAGAGGAUGCGGUGUUAAAUUAUUUGUUUAUUUAGCAGACUCCUUUAUCCAAGGCAACUUACAGAAACUAAGGUGUGUGAACUAUGCAUCAGCUGCAGAGUCACUUACAACUACAUCUCACCCGAAAGACGGAGCACAAGGAGAUUAAGUGACUUGCUCAGGGUCACACAAUGAGUUAGUAGUGGCUGAGGUGGGAUUUGAAUCGGGGACCUCCUGGUUACAAGCCCUUUUCUUUAACCACUGGACCACACAGCCUCCUAUGAGCCUCCUAUGUUAAAGCUUUAUCAUCUCUCCACAGGUCAUCCUUGAACUCCUAGCUGAACUGAGGGAUGAGCUAGACCACAGCGUCAAACAAGGCCCGCCGUCCCUGCACAUGUGAAAGUGCUGUGUUCUCUGCACUAAGCCUCUGGUUCAUUUCAGACCACUGUUGAAAUGCCUGGAGGGAUAGUACAGUCCACCUUUUCCAGAGUGCUAAGCAUAUUUCUGAAUGUCAUGCUAAAAUGGGCAGGCCAAAACAUAUCAUUUCCUAAGGAUACUAGCGUAACUGAUGUUUGCUGAGGCUUUUCCAGCUCCUCAGCAAACUUUUAUUUUCUUUUCUGUGCGCCAAGAGGACUUUGCUGCCCUUCCUCUGACAUAAUAUUUUUUUUGCUUUGUAUUUUCGUGCACCACAAAUGUCAUAGAGCGACUACUCUACUCUGUACUCCAAACUCUGCAAGUGUGGCUGCUAAAUAGACCAAUGCGCUCAUUGAGACCCUCAUUAUCAUAAUUGCGGAUCAUUAUUGGUGCAUGUUGAGUAAUUCUCAUUGCUCUUAAGCUUACAUAGGGUGCAGUGCAAAAUAAUUUCCUAGGCCGCAAUGCAAUUUGAAUUUUGCAUCUGCGCAUCGCCCCCUCACCCUCUCUUAUUUUGCACAACACAAAGUUACGGAUGAUAGACCUUUAUAAAUAAAUAGUACAUAUAAUGCAUUUUAUGAAAACUGGAUUACAACCGUGCAGUAGUACUUGGUUGUUACUGUCAGGAAUCCUGUGUUUUAUCGCUUUUAUGUGGGGUUGCCACCCAUUCUGGUUUUGCCUGGAUUGUUCUCUUUUUGAGGCAGCUGUACUGGGAAAUCUGUAAGACUUCCUGAGACAUUAAAUGUCAUUAAAGUAUAAGAUUUUUUAUCUUUUUUUGGACGAAAUGACUCUGGUGUCCCGGUUUUUUGUAAAUCAGAGGUGGGAACCCUAGUUUUAUGCCUCAUUCCUAGAAGGAAUACAAAUAAAUAAACCCAAACCUAACAGAACAAACUGUACACAUAACAACAGUUUAAAUCAACAUAAUAAAAAGAUAAUAUAACCAUUUAAAAACAAAUCUCAGGUGAGGAGGAGAAAGGUAUAGAAUGGAAUGUUGAACCAUUAUUUUUCUUUUUUAGCAUAUACUGUAAAAUGCACUACUAACUGUGGAACAUUAAUACCAAUGGAAAGAAUAUUGAAAGAGCACUUGCUUGGCCCUUUGGGUGUAAAGAUAAAACUGAUUGAUUUCAGAAUGAAGUACUGUAGGAAUAACAGAGGGAAAUAACAGAGAUUAUUGACUGGGUUAGUAAAAUAAUGAGAACAACCCGCUCUGUGAUCUCUGGGGAUGUCCCAUGUAGCAGAGUAUUACUGCCAAUGUGUCCCUGAUUCACAAAGAAGGUCAAAUGACCUGUCUAAUUUGUAUAUUUAUAUAUUUCUUCUUUUUCUUUUUUUUGGAUGGGGGGGGGCUGAUCUAGUGAGCAUUGAGUGUAUUUAGCAACCAAUGCCCUUUAUCUGGGAGCUAGUGUGCUAGUGUUAAGUGCCUUCUGAAAAAAUAUGAAGAACUAAUAUUUCAGGAAGGAGAAUCCGUGAUAUGAUUGAAUGCAAUUGAAUAGUGAUUGAUGCAAUGUAACAUAUGAUUUAAUGACGAUAAUAAAUUUUGCCCGAGGCCCUGUCCAGGGUAGCCCUUCCUCUAGGAUCUAAAAUGGUCAUCUUCCUGUUUUGGCAAAAAGAAACGACAUGAAUGCAGCCAGACAGAGUUUUUAUGCCGGCGCUUGGAACUGAUGUGUUAAUUAGUGGGCGGAUGCUCCUUCCGGAAAUAUAACCAGGUUUACAAUUACAAAAUGGAUACAAUAUAUUUAAGGACCUGUGGCAGGCUAGCUGCAGUGAUGACGUCAGACCAGAAAGAAUCAUACACAGAGGCAGUAGUGAUGAGUGAAUCUGAGACGCAGCAGUGCUCAGUGUUUUAAUAAACAAACAAAAGGUUUUAAACAGAAAACAGGACACGGCACUUCAGGCCAAAAUAAAUAGACAAACAAAACGCAUUAACACUUAAACAAACGGUGCACGGACAGACAAACAAACACGGUGAGUAAAAGAAACAAAUUUACUUUCUCCUUAGUUUUUAGUUUUUGAAAUUCUCUCCUCUCCACACCUGUUCUCCACUCCCCGAACACACAACCCCGAGUGAGUGCUUUGUGCAUCUAUAUAUACUGUUGUGCCGGGAUUCAAUUACUAAUUAAUUAUUCACUUGAAUCCCAGCACGUGAACUAAUUCUGUGCAACCCCGUGCUUACAUAUUAUUAAAUACUUUAAAUGCACGUGCAGUGAAGUGCAAUCCCCGUGCCUAAAUACAAUUAUACAUUUUAAAACUUGUGAUCAUUACCCACAUUAUAUCCUGUGUACCAACUACAAUACACCAACAUUAACACACACAACAUACAACAUAAAACACAAAUGCACACGGGCGGGGUACAUUGCCACAGGACCCUUAAACAUUUACAGUGAUUUUUAGAGCAAUGGCUUCGCUGCUUUUAGUAUGCAUUUUUCAAAGGUAAUAUUAAUUCAAAUGUGUGUUUAAAGAUCAACACCCUUAGAUACCCAAGUGGCUCAUUUGGUAAAGGCGCAACUGUGUGUGUGCAGGCUGAGCUCUGUAGUCAGUCAGGGUAGCACAGGUUCACAUCCUGGCUGCGUCAAGUUGAGGAUCUUGCCCAUGGAUCUCACAAGGUCUGUUUCUUUGGCACUUGUUCUGCAGGUUGGGAAGGUGCUACAGUACCCUCUACUUGCCAUGGGCCUGGUGAACUUGAGUCUGAACCUGUUGUGCUGGCCUUUGUCCUCUAGGGGACAGCCACUUGUAAAGAGCCAAUUGGCUUAGUGUUGGGAUCACAGGAUUGCCACUGACAUUCAAUUGUCCUGAGCUGUGUGUGAUUUCUAAACCGUGAAUAGUUUGUUUGUUUGGUGGGAUCUAAAAGUGUGCAGUGAUGUGUAGCCCUGCAAAGAGAUAGCGGAAUCGUCUUCUAGAGCCAUCCCAAACAAAUAAACUUCAUUCACAGUGGAGCAAUUCCAAAAGAGAUUCACCUCAUAACUCAUUAGGAAACUAUAAAUAACAUUAAUACAAAUGUGUAGCUGAAAAUCAUUUUAAAGUGAGUUGAUGGAUAAAAGCAGUUUUAUUCACAAUUUCUGUAUUUUAUAUCUGAAAUGUAAAGGUCAACAUAACUAUAAAACUAUUUUAUGUGUGUCACAAUAAAAAUAUUACACUUGUGUGUUUUUACAGAUUUUAAA